AUUCCUUCUAGGGAUCGUAUCUACGCCCUCCAACGUCAGAAAGAACGACUCGAGGAACAAGUUGAUUUAGCAAACAAAGCGUUAGCAGAGAGCGCCAUCAAACCGAAAAAAAAACCUAACUUCCUAACAAGGGUCAUGAGAAAAGCUGGAUUAAAAAAGAAGAAAGACGAAACUCCCAAAAACAAACGACAUAGUGUACAGCUUAUUCGCGUCGACAACAGUCCGUAUUUGGAGGAGUUCGAAACUGGAACGCUAGUGGCCACACCCGUUAACAGACGAGACGAGACAGGCAGCGAAGGUUCACGGGAAAGCUCCACAUCCGGGGACUCUAGAGCGGCCACCAAGAGUCUGUUGAAUUCCAGUUUAAUUAGUGCCCAGUCCGAAGUUAUCCUCAAGCGACAGAGAGAAGGUUACAUGUCGCCUUACGUUAGCACGCCCGUUCUGCCACGCCCGGACGAAUCGGAGGCCGUGCGCCUCCGUUCUGCCACCCACGACAUGUCUGCGUUCCGUGCGCGGCAAGUUCGCUCUGAGAUAUUUAACGAUAGUGACUGGUCGCCUGGUCGCCUCGGUCGGCCGCGGAGCAUGGACUCGCUGGACAAGUUGCCCAGCAGCUCGUCUACUCUGACUCCUGGUGAUGGGGAAUUGGGGGAUGGACUUCCGGCGAAGGAAGAAGGGGGAUCUCCAGCGAGGUACUUGAAGCAGCCAGGGAUGAAACACCUUACUCCGUCUGCUUCCCCCUCAGGCAUGAGGAAGCAUCACUGGGCGCGAAGCAGCCCCAACCUCUCCCCGGUUGUUUCAAGAAAGGAAUAUCCAGUUUCGCUUGAGCCUCUACCCCCCUCCCCACCCUCACCUGCAUCCUUGCCAAGGUCAAGUUCUCACUCCUCGCCCGUUCCUCGCAGAAAGCUUGAAGAGAGACCACCAACAGGCAGCCCUCGCCACAGUCCUGUUCUAGCCAGGAAGGACAAUAGUACAUUUUCUCCUUCGCAAAGAGACCCAAGAAGGUCGAGUGUACCUAACCACAACACUCAAAACCUGAAUACUGGACCAGUUCGAGAACGAUUAGAGGAAUCAGCUAAAAGUAAAGUUUCAGUGCAAGUUAUAUCGUCUGUAAAUGCGUCUAAUAGUAAUGCUUCGCCGUUAGUGUCUACUGGGACCAUUUCAUCUCCAUUUCAGGAAGAUCAGGUGAAGAGAAUUCCUGUGGAAGGGGCGAAGAAUGGCCCACAGGUGCAGGCGUUUAAUGGAGGUGUUUCAAGUCCUCAUCAAGAGAGACAGCGGAGUGGUAGCGCCGAUAGACGUGCAGAACCCACCUCAUCCACUCCCCGUGGAUUUCAGCGGCAAGCGAGCUUUAGUGGAGAUAAAAACAUGGUUAAGGCUGCAGAGCCUUUUAGGAACUAUAACACCAUGCCUGCGCAUGUUAAGGACACAAGAGAAAGGAGUGCCAGUGGAGAUCAGAGCUCUGCUAAGGCAUCAGAGCCUGCAAGAAACCACAACGCCGUAGCACAGCAGUCAAGAGAAAAGAGCUUAGGUGGUGACAAAAACGAUGGCCCUCGAAUAAUCCAGAUAUCGCAGAUGAAAGAGGGGCCUAUUCGUGACACUGUUCAAAAAGGCCCGGCCCAUUUACGAGAAAGGAGCCUUAGUAACGGCAGAAAUGAAGGACUCAGAGCAUCGCAACGACAAGGUACUGUAUUUGCAGCUUCAUCUGGACCCACACGACAAAGCGUUCCAGUGACAGCUCAUUACGUUACAAGUGGGACUGUUGCCAAGAGCGAGACGUCGUCCAUUUCGGCAGCUAGUACAGCUGGAGUGGGAACCUCAGUUUACAUAGACGCAACAGGGGUAGAUUUGAGUUCAACUCCUGUGACUUCUCGGGGAAGCCGAGGGGAAGUCAGUUCGUCAGCGGUGUUUGCGAUUGUUCGAGACAAACACGGAGACGAGCACGUGCUACCUGGGUCAAACAACACGCCACCUUCACGUGACGUAUCACGUGAAAUGUCACGCGCCAUUCCCGCGUCUGAGCCCAGAUCGCGGUCAAAUAGCAGUACCCCCGUGUCGAGAACUCCUGUUGGUUCAGAGACUAGUUCAACAUCACGGUAUAGUGCGGCUUCCGUAUCACGAAACGGUGUCGCCACCAAUCCGAUUGAAUUGAAACCAUCUGCGAACGAACGUGACGAGAACAGAAAUGAAACUGUACAUAUGACAACAGCGACCAUGCAAGAGACCGCCAAACAGAACGUUUCAAGCGUACGAGCGCGCAUUUUUGAAAUCGAACACCAGUCUCCUCCUGCAGUCGGCGGUAGAGCGCCGCCACAAGCGCAGGUUGACGACGAUGAUGACGCGCUUUCCGUGUCGUCGCAUCACAGCCGGGAUUGCUCCCCCGCGCUGAGAAAAGUACGGAAGGCAAGGAAGGCGAAGGAGAAAGAAAUUUUCACGGAUUCGCCCGCUUCGUCAGCAACUGGUUCCCCGGCGCCGAGUCAAAGGUCCAGCGCGGAUGAGAGGUCACGGGCGAGAUCAGUGGGGCCUAACCAGGGGGAUGGGAAAAAAUCCUCGAUUUGGUACGAAUACGGUUGUGUUUGAUUAUCAAAUCAAACCAAGCAUUCAUUAUAAGAGCAUUUGCAGUGAAAUUGUUAUUUAUAUAUUGAUGCAUCGACCAAUUCUGCUAAAAUAAAAGUACUGCUCGGGAAUACAGUCGAAAUUCACGCGGUUUACCACCUGUUCUGCGAAUCUAGGCUAGUCACUUGAAGGAAGUUUCACUCGGGGCCGAUGUAAACUGUACAACCUUUCCAAAAGAACAACUUGGUUGCGACUGUCGCCCACGAAACGAAAAAAUGUGGUAGCAUUUUGAAACACGUAUUAAAACCUUAAGAAAAUUGUAGCCCAACCACAUUUCAGUUAUCAAAAUUGUAUGUACGCUAACCAAAUUCUUUUCUCCUAAAUCGGCCAUGUUCGUGAGCAAGAGAGAAAUUAGAGAUCUUUCACAUUUGCAUAGUCACUCAAGUAAGUUUGAUUGUACUUCAUUCUUCUGCGGUGUUUCAAAUUGAGUUUUCAACCUGUGACCAGGCUUCCCUUGCCAAGCGAGAAACGAGAACAGCCAGAAACGAAGCGGUUUUGUUCGAGAUAAGGAAAAUGAAGCGGUCGUGGGAUGUUUUUGUAUGUUUGGUAGAGCGAAGCUUGAUCCGAAGGUUAUUGUUGCUAUCCUCUGCAACUCCGCUGGCCAGUAGAGUAAGGCUUGUAAAUAUCUAGAAUUAUGUACGAUUGUUAGCCGUUGCUUUGUUUAAAUAGCUAGCUGUAAUUAGAUCCCGCCGAAUCCUCUUGAGUUGAUUAAUUUAUUUAAACAAUGCACUUCGCAAGUUACCAUUUUCCGUAUGAGCACAGAAGACGAGCAGACAUCUUUUUUCUUAGUUCGUCGAGUGUGACGUGAAGGAACGCGCGAGAUGAGGAAUGUUCGCGUUAGGGCGAGAACAGCGCGUGGCCAUUUUUUUAUCGCAUUUAUUUCGCAUCGCACUCGACGGUUUACUAAAAAUAGAAGUUGCUACUAGUCUAGGAUGGCCAAUGUCGUAAAAUAAAAUCAGCUAAUCUACUCCCAUGAUGAAUGUAUUAAGUGAUACUAUAUUUUGGAAAAUCGAGUAAGGAAUUUAUAGUCAAUUAGAUCGAUUUGCGAUGCAAAAUAAAAAAUGAAAAAAAAAACAUUGAGAUAAUAGGAUUUUCUUUGUUUCCAAAUAUUCAGGACGUUUUAUUUAUAUUUAUAGAUAUUUAAUAAAGUAGCUACCAGCUUAAUAAUUUGUAAAUGAGACGUUUUCUCGAAAUGGUGAAUUUUGACGUAACCAUCCAUUCAUUGAUCACGUUUGUAAUUACGCUA